AUCAGCCUGGCCAACAUCUACAUGGCCAUGCAACUCAAAUUAUCUUCAAACACUUUCCUUCUCACUGUCCUACUCCCAGUCUCAAAAUUUGUUCACAAGAACAAACGAAUGAGAGGCAUAUUGCAGGAUUGGCUUGUUCAUCAUUUCUUGAACGUCAUGCUAACACCGUUGAAGUUGGCUGCUCAAAAUAGCAUCAUGCUGUCAGAUCCCAUUGGUCACCGUCAUUACUGCUUUACUGUACUCACUAGUUAUAUCACAGAC